CACAAAACAGCCUGAAAUGUGAAGAAAAAAAAAAGCACACUUCCCAACCAGCAUCACAGCUCAGUCUUUAGUCGUUUAAUCCCAAUACCAGAUCAGAUUCUCUUCAUUCAAUUUCUCAAUCUCAUUUUCUUCUCACAUUCCCUUCCCAUAUGCUAUGCUACACUGAAACUCCCACCAAUGCCACCACUAUUUUUCCCUUUAAUCCGCAUUGUGAUUUAGAGUUGUAAAGACAGAUGGGAAGAAGAUCUAGGCAAGUAACAUAACAGCCGAAGUAAGUGAUGUUGUUUUAAAUCGGUACAAUACAAUGGGCUUGUCAAUGUUUUUCGUGAUCUGCAUUCUUCACUCCGCGAUCGCAAUAACGAGUGGGUCCUUGAUCAUGUUCUGUCUCAACGAGAUCAGCAUCUUUGCUCACGGUGUUGAAACGGCUGAAAAGCUUUUAGGGUCAACCCCACAUGAUCAACUCUUGAUUCAGACAUCCAAUUCUUUUGUUGGUUUGCUUCUUUUCGUGAUUGGGUUCUUGGUUUUCAUGGUAGCCUUUGUGAAGGAUAAAGAGUUACAGAGCUUCUUCGCCAAAGGGUGUAUACUCAUUCAUUUAUCAAUGGCUCUUUGGAGGGUUAAUUUUGAGAGAAGGUUAGAGGAUUUGGCUUGGGAUUGGCCAAGACAAGUGGUUGGUGAUAUUUAGCUAGCUCUUUCUUGGGUCUUUUUUUUACUCUACACAUGGAGGGAGAAGUAUGAUUAGCAUCAAAGGAUUGCUUUGCUGCCAUGCCAAUCCCUUCCCCUUUUAGCAUCCCAAUUAUAGCCAUUUUGCACUCUCACUCUGCUCUGACAUGAGCAGUGUGUAAUGUAGAAUCAUGGGUAUGGAAAUGAAUUGUAGAAAAUACUGCCAUUUGAAAUGUCAAACCGAGCAUUUAUUUAUAUGUA